UUUAGACCGAACAUUUCACUUCUAUAUAUGGCAUAAAGAAACAUGGUAGCCAUCUUUUACAAGUAAGUUGGAGAAAAUCUCGUUGCACUGUUCAAUUUUUACAAACUUAAUCUCCUUUUUCUCAUUCCUUUUACCGCCGGAGCCGCCACCCACACCACCACCAGCGCACCACCUUUACACACCGGCUGCUAACUGUUAUGAAAACCCAAUUCAAAUCUCAUAAAUCAACAAAGAAAGACGACAUAUUUCAUCGUUUGUAGCUAAACCCUGUGUUGUCUUUUUCAUUUUAGUCCGCAUUAGGCCAUGGCGGACCUCGUGAAAGAAUUGGCCGUGCCAAUUCAGUUGGCUGACCUUAUUGUGAAGGCGGCAAGCGAGGCAUAUUGCUUUAAACAAGAUUGUCAAGAGCUGAAGGCCAAGGCAGAGAAGCUGGCGGCGCUUUUACGCCAAGUUGCACGAACAAACAAUGUGCCCUACCAGCGUCCAACUUUGAGAAUUGCUCAUGAAACAGAACAAGUUCUUGAUAAAACCUUAGCUUUAGUUGUAAAAUGCCGGGGAAGCUCAAUCUUGAAAAGAGUUUUCACUAUUAUCCCAGCUGCAGCAUUCAAGAAGUCAUCGAUGCAGCUUGAGAAUUGUUUAGGAGACGUUUCGUGGCUGUUGAGAGUAUCGGCGUCGGGAGAGGAUCAUGACGAUGAGUAUCUUGGGCUGCCUCCGAUUGCAGCCAAUGAGCCAAUCUUGUGUCUCAUAUGGGAGCAAAUUUCCAUUCUUCAUACGGGCACCUUGGAAGAAAAAUCUGAUGGGGCUGCAUCAUUGGUUUCGUUGGCUAGAGACAAUGAUCGAUAUGGGAAGUUGAUUAUAGAGGAAGGUGGAGUCCCUCCAUUAUUGAAACUAGCAAAAGAAGGAGGAAAAGAGGGUCAAGAGAAUGCUGCAAGGGCAAUUGGCUUGCUGGGGCGUGAUGCUGAAAGCGUCGAACAGAUUGUGAAUGCUGGUGUGUGUGCAGUGUUCGCGAAAAUCCUCAAAGACGGCCACAUGAAGGUUCAAUCUAUGGUGGCUUGGGCGGUGUCAGAAUUGGUUGGAAAUCACGGAAAAUAUCAAGAGCAUUUUGCCCAGAACAAUAUUGUUCGAUUUCUUGUUAGUCAUCUUGCUUUUGAAACUGUUCAAGAGCAUAGUAAGUACACCAUUGCAAAGACUAGACAACCCAUGUCAUCGAUUCAUUCAGUAUUGGUAGCUAGUAAUACCACCAAUGAUGCCAACGAUCAGAGCAAUCAGAGGACGGCGCAACAGAGUGAAGAAAAUUUAAGCAAAGUGCCUCAUCCUAGUGGGAACCAAGGUAGUGGUAGUGCAAUGUCCAAUUUGGUUACCAACAUGGCUCAGGAAGGCAAAAUCCCUACCAACUCAACCCAACAACAACAAAGGCAACAGGGUAAUGCUGGGGGGAGAAAUAACAACACUACAACUCAGAACAAUCAUCAACAUAAAGGGCAAGUUUCGCUAGCGGUGACGAGUAUUACUAAAGGGAGAGAAAGUGAAAGCCCGGCUCUUAAAGCGGAGAUGAAGGCAAUGGCUGCUAGAGCCCUUUGGCAGCUUUCAAAGGACAGUCUUACUAUAUGCCGUAGCUUAACAGAAUCAAGAGCCCUUCUGUGUUUUGCAGUGUUGUUAGAGAAAGGUCAUGAAGAUGUUCAGUCUUAUUCAGCUCUGGCAUUGGUAGAAAUCACAGCUGUAGCUGAAAAAAAUACCGAGUUGAGACGCUCGGCUUUCAAGCCCACCUCCCCAGCUGCCAAAGCUGUUGUUGAACAAUUGUUGCACGUCAUAGAAAAGGCUGAUUCAGAGCUCUUGAUACCUUGCAUCAAGUCCAUUGGGAACCUUGCAAGGACUUUUAGAGCUUCAGAGACGAGGUUUAUCAAACCAUUGGUGAAGCUGCUUGAUGAAACAGAACCUGAGGUUACAACGGAGGCCAUAAUUGCACUUAACAAGUUUGCAACGACUGAGAAUUACCUCUGUGAUGUGCACUCCAAAGCCAUUAUCAGUGCAGGAGGCACCAAGCAUUUGAUUCAACACGUCUACUUCGGAGAACUAAUGGUUCAAAUUCCAGCAUUGAUGCUUCUAUGUUAUGUUGCCAUGAAUGUUCCUGAAAAUGACACACUUGCAGAAGAAGAGGUGCUUAUAGUACUUGAAUGGUCAUUAAAACAGGCACAUUUGAGUGCAGAACCCUCACUGGAAUCUCUAUUACCAGAAGCAAAUAGUCGGCUCAAACUCUACCAAUCCAGGGGGACAAGAGGAUUCCAUUAAGAUUCAUACAAACAAAUUUUGUAUUGUAAAUUUAUUAACCAUCUCCACUCCCUUCAAAUGUAUAUAAUUUAGCGUUGGUGUGACUACAAUUGCCAGAAGUACAUUGCCCCUCUUGUUCUCUCCCUCCUGUUAGACCCUUUUGCAUUGGCUACCAAAUUAGAAUUCUACCCUGGUUUGACAAUGCUUCAGCUUAUCGUCUCCAAGCUAUUAGUUUGUGAAUCUGGAAAGCACAUUUUGAGGUGCUUUUCAGCAAUUAAAUACAUCUUUUUUUUCUGAAUACA